GUUCCACGAGUUCCUCGGGCACUUCCGGGUCUACAGGUUCUAGAGGAUCUUUUAGUCAAAUGGCAGGCUCGCAGUUCAGCCCCAUGACCGCACGAGAGCGGGAGCUCGGAGAGAUCCAACAGGUCGAGAGGCUCCGCCAGCAGUUAGAGGAGGAUCUGAAGAAAGCAACCGAUAGAGAAAAAGAGAUAAAAAGUAGAGCACCCAGACUUGAUACGUUAGAGGCUGACAAGGCUGCGUUAGAGGGAUUGGACGAAUCAAGUUUGUCUGACCCCCUAAAAGUGUUGAGGGACAACAUGUUGUCGCUGCAUGCGCAUGUGGACAGCAGGAUGGACUUCAUGCAAAGCACUUUAGACCAGAUCCUGGAGGCAUUGACAAAGCCAGGAUUCCGACUACCAGCACAAUCGCCGUUGCCGUUAACGGCGAUGCCAGGCCCCUUUGCCGUACAAGCUGGCACACCGCCAAGUGGUACGUCUGCAGCAGCAGCACAGACUGUUGCAUCUUCUUCUUCGGGUCCAGUGGUGAUUGCUACAUCACCACAACAACCUGUUCAACAAUCUGGACAGCAGCAAGGUCAAUGGUACCCCAAGACCCCAAUGAAACCACCUCUUGCCUUCUCAGGCGAGAGAAAGGACGAGGAACUCAACACAUGGUUGAGGAGGGUCCCGGUUUGGGUGAAGGCCAAAAGGACCUUGCCAGAGGAUGAGGUGGUAACUGCGGCAUCUUACCUAGAGGGUAAAGCAGCCAAAUGGUUAGAUGGGGUAGUUGUGAAAGCCGGUGAUGAGUGCGAAGGUGCUUUCAAGAGAUUGAAGCAUGCACUCAUGAAUCAUGAAGUUCUCAUGGUUUCCGAUCCGCAAAAGUCAUUCAUAGUGACCACUGACGCAAACCAAUACGGCAUUGGCGCAGUGCUGGCUCAGCAGGAUGGCAAAAAGUUGAGACCGAUUGAGUACAUGAGUAAGAAGAUGCUAUCAAAGAAGUUGGCUAAGUCCACCUACGAAAGGGAACUCUAUGCUCUCUACAAGGCACUUGUCCAUUGGAGACACUUCCUUUUGGGAAGGUUCUUCUAUCUGAGGACUGAUCAUCAGAUCCUCAAAUGGAUCAAGACUCAACCGGCUCUUUCUGAUGCACUCAAGCGAUGGAUUGAGAUCAUAGACCAAUAUGACUUCAAGCUUGAGUACCUGAAGGGAGAGUACAACAAGGUUGCAGACGCGCUAUCCCAUAGAGCAGACUACCUAGGUGCGCUAAUUUCUGACUUUGGCGUAUCUAAUGAAGUAACUCAAUCAUUGGUGGGAGCCUAUCAGGAAGACCGUAUCACGAUGGACAUCAUCCGCAAGCUUCAGGCAAAAGACAAGGCCACAGAAAGAUUGAGUGUUUCCAUGGAUUUCAUGGACACCCUAGUGACCAGCAAGAGUGGUAAGAGGCACAUUUUCGUCAUCAUUGACAGAUUCACCAAGUACGYUAGACUAAUACCAAUGCCAGAGACAGCCAGGACAGAGUAUGUCAUCAAGUUGUUCAAGGACAACUGGGUAAGGGACUUUGGUUUACCAAAGACCAUCAUUAGUGACCGAGACGUCUGCUUCACAAGUGAACUGUGGAAGAGGACUGCAGAACAGAUGGGCAGUCAACUUCAAAUGACUUCAGGGAAUCAUCCCGAAGCCAACGGACAAGCCGAACAAAUGAACAGAGUGGUACAUCACUUGCUGAGGCAUUACAUCAAGCCCAACCAAGAUGAUUGGGAUGAGCAGUUGCCUCUCAUCGCCAGCUUGUACAACAAUGCUAUUCAUAGUAGUACUGACGUUAGUCCUAACCAGUUGCACUUGGGAUGGAAGCCUAGAUCAGCACUAGACUUCCUCCUACCUGAAAACCGACCUGCUGCAACUCCAAGCACACUUGAAUACGGUGUGCAAUAUGAGAAGUUGUUGCGCGAGGCUGUUGAACAUAUGAAGAAAGCUCAACAAGCCAUGAUUGCUUCUAAGAAUCAACAUCGCAGACAGUCCACAUUUCAGGUGGGGGAACGUGUCUGGGUCAAGGCUAGUGAGUUAGGACAAGAGUUCGGAAUAUCUCGUAAAUUAAUGCCUCAAUACUUUGGUCCCUGGGAAGUCUUGGAUGUAGUGGGAGAUGAAAUGGAUGGUCCUACGUACGUCAUUCGUGUCCCUGGUCAUCUACGCACUCACCUAGUUUUUCAUGCCUCAAAGCUUGCACCUUUCGCUGAGACAGAUCAAUUUCCUUCCAGGAGAUCGAUGCUGCCCCCAACCAUGGAUGGUCAAGUUGACAUCGACGACAUUGUGGAUCACAGGGAUAUGCCUGUUCCAAAGCCGUUGGGCCGAGGAAGACCUCCCAAGCCCAAGAGAGAGUACCGCGUCAGAUUCAGGCAUCAUACGGAUCCAAAAGAAGAUCGUUGGUUUACCAUGGAGGAACAGAUUGACACAGCUCCUCAGGUGGUGGCAGACUAUGAGAAGAAACUGAAAGGGAAGGCGCCUGCGAAGUAAGCAUCUCACCGGACUUUCGAAGCUAAGGAGGAUGGAAUGUGAGGAUUGAGCCCUCAAGUAGGGGCCUUGCUAUGAUGUACACGUUCUGGGCUAAGGCCCCAGCAAG